AUGAAGUUUAUCAAUCUAUUGAGCAUCCUUACUCUCGGAACGAUCUCAACAGGGGCUGCCGCAGAUAGGAACCCGCUCUCCUACGCGUCCAAACCGGCGGGCACCUACGUGACCCCAAAGAUAUCCAACACGACAACCCUCCUAGACUUUAUCAAAUCCAGGAACGAUCUAACAACGCUCGCCAAGGUCCUUGACGGAUCCGCGGGCUUCACGGAGGCGUUCGACACCGUACCCACUUGGGACUUCACCUUUUUCGCGCCCUCGAACGACGCGUUUGAGAAACACACGGGGCAGUACUUCAACACCUUCGCGCCGACGCCAAAAGGCAAGUGGUGGCUCGGUAAUCUGGUACAGCAUCACUACGUCCCCAACUCGCAGCUGCUCACAAGCGUCUUUAACAAGACGGCGACCAGGAUCCAGACGGGGUCGUACUUGUACGUUGGCACGCAGGUUAAGAAUGGACAGGUGUGGUUGAAUGAUGCUGCGGCGGUGACGGAGGGAGAUUUGAGGGUUACCAGGGCUGUUCAGAACCAACAGUACUAA